AACUAUAAAAUAUUAUUCAUAAAUGAAAAUUCAUAGUCAAAUUAAAAAUAAAAUUGCAAUGCCCGAAAAAUAAAAUAUGUAUAGAUUGGAAAAUUAAGAGGUCAUAUUCAAGCGAACGAAAAUUAAAUACGGUGGUCACAAGAAACACUUCAUCAAAAGAAAGAGAAACUUAAUAAAAAUGAGAGGAACUCCAGAGGCUCUGGUUUUAUUGAGUUUGGUGACGGUCGUGACUCCCGGGUUCCAGUUUCGGAGUAGAAAUGCUUCGGAUGCCUCAGUGAGCAAGCCUUGUGCUCUCGGAGAGUAUACGAGCAGAGCCCAGUGUACGCAGACACAGUAUAGACUUGUAUGCAAAGACGGUCUCGCCAGUUAUUGGAUGCGAGGGAUCAAACGCGAAAUAACUCACCUUCAUCUGAUGAACUGGCCCGGAGAGUGCUUCAACGUCGCCCGCCUUCAGUACCACUAUCCAGAGCUCGUAUUCUUAGAAUUCAUCAACGCCACGUCGCUCAAGAGCUUCAAGGGCCAUUUCAGUGCUGUGAACAAAAUUGAGAAAUUGGUCAUCCACGGGCUGAUGUCACUAUGGGAGCUACCUCCAGAGAUAGUGAUGGAUAUGCCAGUUCUAAAAGAGCUGGACCUUCGGGGGAACAUGUUGAGACAUAUCAAGUCGUCGCUGUUGACGGGACCAAGGAGUUUGGAAGACGUUUAUUUAGCAGGUAAUAGUUGGGACUGCAGCGAUGGUGGUCUCGACUGGUUGGCGAUGGAAGCGGAGAACGGAACUAUUCGAAGGAAAAUAAAAGAUUAUGACGAACUCGUUUGUCAUCAGCAGCUAUACAGAGGGAAGCCAUUGAACAAAGUCAUGGAUAUUAUUCGGACUAUGCGUCUAACAUGUCCGGAGCCCUGCGCUUGCACGAUGACACACGUGGUCUCCGACGCAGCCGGUGCUGUGAUACCUCUCAUCACCGUGGACUGUGCCAACAGACAGCUGGAGAAUCCACCAUCAGCUCUGCCGCCAGGGACGACCACACUUCGACUUGAGGGCAACAAGUUGAGCACAAUUCGAGCCAUCGUUCACAAUCCUCAGUACAAGACCUUAGCUGACUUGUACCUGGAUAACAACAGCAUAUCAGCCGUCAAGGAGCUGGAAGGUACUGAGUGGUUCUCCAAUUUUCGAGUGCUAAGUCUUCGUGGAAAUUUGUUAAAACAGAUUCCUGUUUACGCUUUCGACAAAGCGUUUCAAUAUAACAACAAUAUAAUGCACGUGUUUCUCGGGGACAAUCCUUGGCGGUGUGACUGCCACUACAUACCUCGCUUCCAGAGCUUGCUUCUAAAAUACAAGCGAGUCAUCCGGGAUCUUUCUGACAUAAGAUGCUCCAAAUCCAGUGACAAGAAGACAUCACUUGUACAGAUCAGCAUGAUACCACUGGGGAACAUCUGCGGAGAAGAUGACGUAAUGCCAAUAAGUCCUAUCAAUAUAGUCAAUUUAGUUCUAUUAGCUUUAAUACUACUGGUAGUAGGGAGAUUUCUUUAUGAUUGGCAAAACUUUAAGAAUACCGGUGAGCUGCCUUGGUUGUCUUCAAUAUUACCAUAAGAUAUGUGUGCCAACAGUAAUAUUAAUUGGAGCGAUAGUCGGAUACCGCUGUACCUACAUCAUGUGUAAAUGUUUUGCGUGCGAAACUGCUAUUGCACUCUUUUAAUUCGAAUUCUCUACAUAAGUUAUUGAAAUGUAACCUUAAUAUAUUGAGAGUACAGCGGUAAUGGACAUACUCACAUAUCAUUCAUUAUAUUAUUAUUAACAGCCCACGGCCUACUGUAUGGAAUAUGGACCUACUGUAUAUUACAUGAGAGUUUGCCACAAUUUUAUACCUUGGUGAGCUGGUUGGGAAUCACAAUUUAAAUUGUACGAACCUCAAGCAUUAGAAACCAAUGCUUUCUAGUCUCUGUAAAAGUUUUUCAACACACUUCCUCAUAAACUGGCUCUAAUCCCACGGCAAUUAGGCACAUAAUGACACCUAUAAUCAAACUGUGACUUUUUUAUUACUAUUAU